GAGAGAUUCCCUUUUGUCAAUACCCAAGAAGUGGCUGUCCACGGCCGAGUCUGUAGACGAAUUUGGAUUCCCUGACACUCUACCAAAGGUACCUGUCCCACCGCUAGAGCAGACUAUGGCUGAUUAUGUGCUCGCCCUGGAGCCCAUCACAACGGCAUCGCAGCUGGAGCGGACCAAGGGCAUCAUCAAGCAGUUCUCGUCGCCCCAGGGUCUGGGACCUCGACUGCAUCAGUACCUGCUGGACAAGCGCGAAGUUGAUGAUAAUUGGGCAUACUAUUACUGGCUCAAUGACAUGUAUAUGAAUGUGCGCAUCCCGUUGCCGAUCAACUCGAAUCCUGGCAUGGUUUUCCCACCACGUCGCUUCAAGACCGUCCACGAUGUGGCCCAUUUUGCAGCCCGUCUGCUCGACGGCAUCAUUGCCCACAAGGAGAUGCUGGACAGCGGUGAGUUGCCGCUGGAGCGUGCCGCUUCCCGGGAGAAGAAUCAGCCGCUGUGCAUGGCCCAAUACUAUCGUCUGCUGGGCUCAUGUCGUCGUCCUGGUGUCGAACGGGAUUCGCAGUUCUUGCCACCACGCAAGUCGUCGAACGAUAUCAAUGAGGAUCGUCAUGUGGUCGUCAUCUGUCGCAAUCAAAUGUACUGCGUCGUCCUGCAGGCCAGCGAUCGUGGCAAGCUCUCCGAGAGCGAGAUCGCCUCCCAGAUCCUCUAUGUGCUUAGCGAUGCACCGUGUCUGCCCGCCAAGCCGUCUCCCGUGGGACUCCUCACCGCCGAGCCACGGACUCGUUGGGCCAAGGAUCGUGAGGCCCUCCAGCUGGAUGAGCGUAAUCAGCGCAAUCUGGAGCUGAUUGAGACUGCACUUCUUGUGCUUUGUCUCGACGAGCCGCUGGGCGUGAACUUCAAUGCGCGUGGUUUCAGUGGUGCCACGCCCACCAUGCACACGGCCGGAGAUCGGGAUGAGACCAAUAUGGCACAUGAAAUGAUCCACGGCGGAGGUAGUGAGUUCAACUCCGGCAAUCGAUGGUUCGACAAGACCAUGCAGCUCAUCAUCUGCACCGAUGGCAGCUGGGGACUCUGUUACGAGCACUCCACCUCUGAGGGCAUUGCUGUGGUGCAGUUGCUCGAGAAGAUCUACAAGUCCAUUGUUGACCAUCCGGCCGAUGACAACGGCUUGCCGCAGCAUCAUUUGCCACCCCCCGAACGCCUGGAAUGGCAUGUGAAUGCCCAGGUGCAACAGCGUUUUUCACAGGCAGCGAUAACCGUGGACAAGGCCAUCGAUAACUUGGACUUCUAUGUGUACCGCUACAAGGGAUAUGGCAAGAACUUUAUCAAAUCCUGCCAGGUCAGCCCGGAUGUCUACAUACAGUUGGCAUUGCAAUUGGCCCACUUCAAACUUUAUGGUCAUCUGGUGGCCACCUACGAGAGUGCUUCCACCAGGCGCUUCCUGCACGGUCGUGUGGAUUGCAUACGGGCUGCCAGCUCCGAGGCUUUGGAAUGGGCCAAGGCCAUGUGUCAGGGCGAAGGCGCCAAUGUCCCUUUGGAGAGCGAUCGCGAGGAUGACGAGGAAGAUGCUCGCAAAGUCAAAUUUAGCAUUUAUAGCAAGGACCAUCUGCGGGAACUCUUCCGCUGCGCCGUCGCCCGCCAAACUGAGGUGAUGGUUAAGAAUAUUUUGGGCAAUGGCAUCGAUAUACCAUUGUUGGGUCUGCGCGAGGCUUGCCUGGAGGUCACCGGUGAUCUGCAUGAACUCUUCACUGACGAAUCCUACAAAAUAUCGCAGUGUUUUCUGCUGUCCACCAGUCAGGUCGCUUGUAGUACGGAUAGCUUCAUGGGAUAUGGUCCAGUAACGCCGAGGGGUUACGGCUGCUCCUAUAAUCCGCAGCCUGAGCAGAUUGUCUUCUGCGUGUCGGCAUUUUAUGCGUGCGAGGAUACGAGUGCUUCCCGCUAUGCAAAAUCUCUGCAGGAUUCGCUGGAUAUAAUGCGGGAUCUGCUACAGAAUUGAAUGACAAAUGGCAAAUGAAGAAGAAGAAAAAUGGAACGAAUGUUCCAAUAUAACGAAACAUAUCAAUAAAUGUACCUUAGCAACAGUUGAUCCUUAAAGAUCCUUGACUAUACAUAUAUUUGUGUAUUUAUAUGUAAUGUAAAUGUAAACCGUAGUUAACUAGCGUCCACAUGACGUCAUCAGUUUAUUGCUAACUUUUUAGUGUUGUAUUAAUCAUUUCAAUCAACUGUCUGGUUGAAAUGCUAAACUGAUGUCAAUCAUACCAACAUAAUCGUAUUGAAAAACUGUGCAACCGCAACUCAUUUGCUUUAAUUCCAACCAACAAACUAAAUUCACUAACUAACUAACUAUUUAGUAGAUGACAAAGAGAAACUCUAGUCAAUUAAAUGUUUUAGAUCAAUUUUAUGGGCAAUUGUUAGUGCUGUUAAUUGAAUGUGUUAAUUAUGCAAUAUUAUUAUUAGCCAGUGUUAGAGCUUUAAAGUUUAAACUGUUAGCGCGCCGCUCAAAAGUAUGCAAUCCUCUUUGUUCCAUGUUGUGUUUGAAAUUCCCUCACGAAUAACGAUGAAAAAUGGACGAUGAUAUACAAAAUGUUAUUACAAUUGGUAUUGAUAUUGAUAAAUAAAUCAGAAAUAGACAAAUAUUAUAUAUGAUAAAUACGCUAUGCUUGUUAUAACUGUCGUUUUGUUGCUGUUAAAAAAUGGAAGUUUAUAUAAUAAAAUAUAUAUAUUUACUCUAUGUAGAAAUUGUUGAGGGCAAAAAUAUCAGAACUACGUAAAUGCUUUUCUAAAUUAAAUGUUAAUGUUGACAUUAAGUUAUACUAUAAAGACAAAAUUGGCAAUUCAUUGUACGUAUAUAGACUUGAAACGUAACAAUACAUAUCAAUACAAUUUAUAUACCAAACAAAAUAUGCCAAACGGCGAAACAUAUCAAGCAAACGAAUAUGAAAUAUAUAUAUAGUACACCACUAUGUUCUAUAUAAAUGUUAUAUACAAAAGAACUUCUGAUGUAUGGAAAUGUUAAUGAAAUAUUGUGUAAAAGAGAAUAUAAUUAUACUCAAAUUAAACUAGUUGAUGUGUUCAUUGUUGCUAUAUAUGUAUAUGUAUGUACAUCUUAUGUAUUUGUUAAACUGUUAACUUUUCCCCUGUUCCCAAAAAUAUCUAACUGUGCUGUAUAUCGUUCAGUUUCACUUGGUUUCUAGUUGAUGCAUGCGAACAAUUGCAAAAAAAUAAAAAUAUAUAUACAUUGCAUU